CCCUAACUCUGUUACUCACUUUCCCGUCUGUGCUUGACUUGGGUAGGGAAAGGAAACUUCAGGAAACUUCUUGAAAGAGGAGAAAUAUUUCGCCACAGUUUCCUGCUGGUCUUUCUCAGAUUUCCCCAUUCUUGACCCCAAUGAUAGGAGGUGGCCUUACAGGAAAAGGUUUGGCCUAGGGAAGCCCAGCAAGAGUGACAGAGUCCCCUGCAGCCUUGGUCCAGUCCCAGGGCUGAGGCUUUCCAGGCCCAGAUGUAGAGCCUGCAGCUGGAGGGUCCCCAAUAAGAGAAGGCCUCACCGCAUCUUCCCAGGUCUCCUGCUUCCUGGAGGGAGGCCUGUGCUUUGAUUUCUCCUCCCCAGGGCUUUCCUGCUCCCUCACAUCCCUACCCCCACCCCAGCUCAAGAAGAGGACUCAUGGCCUGGGAGGCCACGUGCCUGCUAGGGCUUGUCCUGCUGGUGCUCCUGGCCUCAGGUGAGGGGAAGAUGGAAAGACAAGGUUCCUGGGCACAGAAGACAGAGCUGCUGCCUGCCCUGGAGGGUGACACCAUCUCUGUGAGAUGCCAGUACCGGCCUUCCCAGCUUUUGCGUGUGAAAAGCUGGUGUAGGCAAACAAGAGCCAGGACAUGUUUGGUAUUAGUGGAUAGUCCCAGGACAGUGCCUCGGGAGCCUCGAUAUUCCAUCCAGGAUGAUCACACCUCUGGUGUCUUCACCAUCACCAUGACUGAGCUCAGGGGGAGCGACUCAGGGGUCUACUGGUGUGGAAUAUCUAAUCUUCAGUCUUCCCAGAUCUCUGUUCUCAAAAUCAUCCAUCUGGUGGUAUCUCAGGCUUCAACACUACCCCCCACCAGGAGCACCAGGAGGACAACAGUCCUGACCUCUGCGACCAGCCCUGUCAUUGACAGCCCUCUGGACAAGUGGAAAUUUAUCACCCUGAGUGUGGUGGUGGCCGUCCUGCUUGUGCUGGUGCUGAUGCUAGCUGUCAUCAUGGCCGUGCGCCUCCAGAAAGCCCGAGGAAAAGCUGGGAAAGGUGAGGAUGACUCACACCAUGUCUACAAUGAAUUUUCUGUCCAGAAGGAGGAGACCAUUGGCUAUGCUCACAUGGUGUCUGAUAAGGACUCUGGGGAUAUCUGCUAUGCCUCACUCAUCCACCUAAACCACUCCAGCCCUGAAGACUCCAUCUAUGCCAAGACCCACCCCAACCUGAAGCACAUGCCUGACCCCAUUCUGUCUGUGGAAUAUGCCAGCAUCACUGGAAAGGGACCCAGCCCUCCAAGUCAGCUUCCCUAGAAGUGGAGUCUAGAAACUAAAGGCAGAAUUCACCAGGCAAUGAGCAUUUAUCUAAUGCUCUACCAGUAAUGGGUGACUUCCAAAGAUAGCUACCAAUUCCCAGAGCUACCCACUCCUGCAAGGGAGGUAAGGAAAAGAGAGCAAAGGAAGGAAAAAUCCUUAUGAGCUCAGAGGGCAGAAGCUUUCAGUCUGAGAGCUGAGAUUCCAUAAUGGGCAAUUUCUGGACACCUGUUGUCCCUGUCCCCAGGAUCCACUAAGACAGAGUCCAACUAGAGAGAUGACUCUGAACCUGUGUCUCUGAGUAUCUCCCUCUGUGACCUUCACUUCCUUCCUGACCAGGGCUAUGAAGUCCUCACAGAUUGCGAAAGCUCCCCUAUUGACACCUGUCUCCCUGAAUGCCCCUCCCUAACUGUCCUCUCUGGACCUCUAAGUUCUGAGAGGUUCUGGGAAGUUCUGGGAAGUUCUGGGCACUCUCCAUCCCCCAGAUCAGCUCUCUCCUUUCUAGACUCCUGAUUCCAACAUCCCUCCCACUCAUGAAAUGCUUAGGACCUUGCCAGGAGGAACUCUGGUUUGUGAACAGUGUCUACUCCCUGGCCCUGGUCUUUGCCAUGCAGAAUAUGGCAGGGGACCUUCCUUCCCCGUGGCCAUCCACAUAGCUCCAUGAGAACUAAUGUAAGUUCCUCUGCCUCCCAUAGACUCCAUUAUCUACUCUGCUAACUGCAUCUUAGGCAAAAAGAGUAGGUGGGGAGGAUGCCUCCUACUUAGUCUAAGUACAUUCCAAAGGGCCCUUUGAGAAACAGGGCUCCUUUUUUGAUAAUGUGCCUCCAAGAAGUGACUUGGAACUCUGGGAACUCCAGGACGGGUGGGUGGAAGGGUGAGGUCCUAGCUACGUAAUGGGGAAGGAAGAUUGCUUGCAAUCGAAGGUUCAUCAUUUCUCAACAGUGACUUUAAAGAUCACUGAAUCCAGCUGCUGAUGGGAUGGCCAAGCCCCAUCUAUAAAACUCAGUAAGAAGUCACACAGAGGACAAGGAAUUCACCACUGCUGCUUAGCAGCUGGCUUGUGAAUGAUUUUGUCAAAUAGGACCUGGCUUCUCCAUGGUCACAAUGGGACCAAGGUCAGGAUGCAUCAUGGCCAGAGAGUGAGGGGUUGAAGAGGAAUGGGUGGGAGGUUUGGGGUCUGGUGGGCCAGUCUUUGAGAAUAUGAGUUCUUCCUGUGAGAGGAAGGUGGGUAAGUUCCUGUCAUUUCUGACUGUGACAUCUCUGCUGCCAUCAUCUGUAACCCAGGGUCCCAGGGUCAAGGAAUGGUUCUGUCCCCAAACUGUGGCUCCAUGGGGAUACAAACUGUGCAGACCUAUAGGGACAGGGAGUUGGAAGUUGAGAAAGUCUGGGAGUCGGAAGGGAGUGGCAUGUUCGGAGUGUCACCCUGACUCCUGAGGUCUCUGCCUCAGCAAUCCAGAUCUGACUCCUAGGGCCUGGACAAUUGCUCCACCCUGAUCUCCUGGUCAACCUGGCUUUGCUUUGAGACGGUCACUGGCAUUGACUUGUGGCCUCAUUUGACCUCUGGUCCUUCAUAGUUCCAGGCUGUCAACAGUGUCUUGGCUGUUGAUCUGUAUUUUAGACUAGAUAGCCACUGAGAGCCCAUCUUCACCAUGUGCUCCUCAACUCAGCUUCCCUGCCUGUAUUGGUCCAGCUACAGCACCAGGAUCCAUGCAGGGGAUCAGGUUCCUCAUAAAUUGUCAAAACCAAAAGGAUUCACCCACCAGAAUUCUUAGAGUUAUGACUGGUCUAUAUCCAUUAAACAAGCAUUUAUGGGAGCCUGCUAACUGCCAGUCACUGUGCUUAGGGUUGGGGAUACAGAGAUUCGGUCUAGUAAGCCAACAUCUAUGGCAUGCUUAAAAUGUGCCAGAUUCCUCUUCAUGGAUUAAUGGCUCAAACAUCCCUUUAAGGUCAGUACUUUCCCUCAUUUUACAGAGUGGAGAAAUUGAGGCACAAAGAGGUUAAGUAAGUUCCCAAAGUCACCCAGCUAGUAAACGGUAGAUCUUGAACUUUGAAGUUUUAACCAUUAUGUUUUUGUGCCUUUCCCUUAAGGGUGUGUGUGUGUGUGUGUGUGUGUGUGUGUGUGUCGGGUAGAUGUAUGAAAAAAAUAAUGGCAAUGCAAAGCAGUCUUGGCUGCAGCUAGAGAAAUGCUGAAGGAGCUCGGGAGGAUGGGGGAGCAUGACUUUUGGAUACAAGUCCCCAGGAGGCAAGAGGGGACAGAAGUGGUGACCUCUCACCUGGAGAGUUUAAGGGUUCCAUACCAAAUUAACCAGGGGCCCCUGAUAGGAGGGAGAGGGCUGUUGCUGCUACCACCAAAGGCCCAGAGGCCCCUUUCCAGAGACAUAAUCUCAGAGAUGUAUGCCUUUUCCUUAUCCCAGUACCAGGCAGGACCCACAGGAAGAGUACGUGAGGAGCAGGGAGGAUGAGGAGCAGGAGGAGGAGACAGACAGGACGGAGUGAGUGCUGCUCCUUGACCUUUGGAACCCCGGGAGGCUUUAGGCUCAUUGCAUACCUCUGCAUCUGCACUGCACGGCAUGUGAGCAGCACCCUUCUCACUAAGGCUCUGCCCGCCCAGCUGCACAGUGGGUCCUCCCUUCACUUCACUUCCCCCUGUUCUUUAGACGCAUGAAACAAUAGGUAAAGAUUUUCUUCAUCAACCUAUUUGAUAUUUUGGUGGUUGUUUCUAGCCACUAAGUUUUGGGAUAGUUUUAGGAUAUAGCAACAGACAAUCAACACAAAUAGCCAAGACAAAUUUGAAUUUUCCCCCAUCAAGUCCAUGGGGGAAAAUAGAUAGCUUUACCUUACCAGAAACCACAACUUACUAUGAAGUCAUAGUAAUUGCCGCACAAUCCUGGAAUGGAAAAUCGGCCAAGGCAACAAAAUUAAAAGGCAAGAAAUGGGCCCAUGUAAAUAUGAAAAGUUGGUAUUUGACAGAGCCACAUUAUGUAUCAGGGAGAAAGGAUAGAUCAUUUAAUGGGGCUGACACAACUAUCUAUCCAUAUGUGAAACAAAAUAAAAUUAUAUUUCUACCUUAUGUCUUACACUAAAAUAAAUUCCAGGUGGGUUAUAUUCGUAAGUAUACACACAGAUAGCCAAAUAAGAAAAUGUUUAGACAAAACUCUGAGCUAUUAUGAUUUUAGGACUCAGAAAGAUUUUUUAAAAGAUAGCAAAAGCACAAACUAUAAAGGGUAAACAAUGUGACAUAGUUUACUAUGUUGAAAUUGAAAACUCUGAUAUGCAGAAGACACCAGAAGUAAAGUGAAAGGGUGUACACAGAACAAGAGAGAGAGGUCAGGGCUAGUGUCACUUGCUGACCCAGAGGAAAGUGGCCAGAAGACCUGUAACCCUGGAGGGCUACUUUGGUUUAGAUGAGAAGAGAAAGGGGAGGAUUCAAGGUAGGAGACAGAAAAGAAACUACUGGCUUGGGAGAAGAAAUGCCAGUGCAUCACAACGUAUCAGUCAGGGUAUGUUAGCUGCUGUAACAACAACAACAAAAAAAAACAAUGAAAGUUUAUUUCUCACGCUGGGCACAGUGCGAUGGAGAUUUAUGAGCAGUCUAUGCUCCACACGGUCACUCAGGAGCCCAAGUUUCUUCCAACUCGUGGCUCUGUUAUUCUGUAGAGCCUCAGAGCCCUCCAAUGAAUCCUCUAUAUCACGUCAGUAAACAAGAGGAGAGAGAGAACAGGCAGUUUUAUGGGAGGGGUGGCCUGGAGUGGCAAACUUAGUCACUCUAAGUCACAGAACACAGUCACACGGCCACCUCAAACCAUAAGAGAGACUGGAAGAUACAGUCUAGCUGUGUUCUCAGAAGAAAAUAAUUUGGUGGACAACUACUUAGUCUCUUCCAAGACCAAGAUAUUCUGAAAUACAAGUUGUUGAUGUAAGUUCAAAGUCCUCAGGGAAGCUUCCUCAGGAUUCAGAAAUGUGACCUAUCUUCUCUUCCUGCUACUGCCUCGUCACCUGCCUGUUUCCAUCUCCCAGGAAUUCCAGCUGGAUUUCUCAGCACAAGCCCCUUUCUCCACCUGCAACUAUCAUUCGUGUAACCCAUUUACAAAUGAUUUUGUGAGGGUCCUGUCUUUCAGAGUUUCAUUCUAGGAGAUCCAGGCUGACACCAAAAGCAAGUCAUCAAAAUAAUCUAGAACUCUAUUCUGUUCUUUAGAGAACUACACAAGUAUACAUUUUCAAGUCCACAUUAUCUUGACGGCAAUAUCUGGCAGCUUCCUUCUCACUCACUCCCCAUCCAAUCUUUCUCCAAGCCAGUUUUUUCCUGGCUCUUUAAUGUUUUGCUCAUCCACUGGUUGGCCGUUAGUGUCUUCACUAAAGAAGACAUGUCUCCUUAGCCAAACACUUAGAAAUCAACAAGGUGGCCUGAAGUAGGUGAAAGUACAGGUCCUUCAUAUCUCUCUGGUCCCUGAUAUUUUAGGUCUAUGUUUUAGGAGUUGUGAUAGUUGAGGUUGUGAUAAUAGUUUGGAAAUGUGAGGCAGGAGAUUGACCAUAGGGAGGUCUGCUAUAUGUCAGUAACCUUAGAAAACCAAACCUGUGCCUCACAAGUAAAGAUGAAUACGCUUACUGUAGUUAUUCAAGUAUUUAGACUUGCUGCUCAAUGCUUCAUAAAACAUUAACGUCUUAAGAGAUGUUAGUAAAUGUCAUGUGAAAAUAUUUCAUGCUAGUAAUAUAUUGUCUCCAAAGAUUUUAAUGUAAGGAAAAAUAAACAUGUUUAUCACAAUUUUCAAAAACCAACUCUCUUGCUAUCCAUUAUUAGAAAAAUAAGGAAAUAUAUUAUGUUAUGUUCAUACCAAGUAAUACUACUUAGAUCUUAUAAGGAAUGAAGUAAAACUCUAUCUGUUGUUAUGGAAAUAUGUCUAAAUUUCACCUUGUACUAAGCUAUGUUAUUCUGCACAGGUUGCUUAAUACCUUUGAAUCUUAGUUACCUGAAACAAUAAUUUUACCUACCUUAUAGAUAAUGAUAUAUCAGUUAAUACAUACUACAUUAAUUAAUGCAUAAUCAAUAUAUUAAUUAAUGCCAAUAUAAUAAUUAAUAUAUAAUAAUGCAAACAUGUAAAGUGUUUAGAACAAUUGCUAGCAUGUAGUAAGCACUUAACAAAUGUUAGUGUUUAUUAUUAUUAUUAUUAUUAUUUUGCAGUUUUGGCCAGGGCCGGGCUUGAACACAUCACCCCUGGUGUAUGGGGCAGGUGCCCUACUCCAUGAGCCACUCCGGCGCCACCCAAAUGUUAGUGUUUUAAAGUGGUAGAAUUAGGGACAACUUUUACUUUUUCAGAGAAAGUUUUUAUGUAUUGUUCACAUAAACAUUAUUAAAAAGUAGUUUCUUCUUAGUAAAUGUAGAAUAUAACUGUCUUAACACAAUCACUAAGAAAAUGCCAGGAAGGCCAUAUUAACCAGUGUGAUGAAAAUGUGUCAAACUGUUUAUAAAACCAAUGUAUGGUGCCCCAUGAUCACAUUAAUGUACACAGCUAUGAUUUAAAAUUAAUUAAAAGAAAAUAGUUUCUUAAGGAUUUUUGUAAAUGCUUAAAACCUUUUAUGUGGUUCAUAAAAGGACAACAUUGCUAAUUAACUGUGUAACAAGAAGUAAACCCUCUAAUAAAAAAAGAGGAAAAAGUCACAAUACAACUGCUCCUUGUUUUAUUAAUUACCUGUGGCUUAAAUUUAUUUU